GCAGCGAGUUGCGGGUGGAGCCGGGACCCCCCCCCCUGUGGUCCCACGCUUGAGAGGCUCAGUCAUGCAGGAAAACCUCAGAUUUGCUUCAUCAGGAGAUGACGUUAAAAUAUGGGACGCUUCGUUUCUGACAUUGGUGGAUAAAUUCAACCCCCACUCGUCACCGCAUGGAAUCAGUUCAGUCUGUUGGAGCAGCAAUAAUAACUUUCUAGUGACAGCAUCUUCCGGUGGUGACAAAAUAGUGGUGUCAAGUUGCAAAUGUAAGCCCGUUCCACUUUUGGAGCUUGCAGAAGGGCAAAAGCAGACAUGUGUGGAUUUAAAUUCUACAUCAAUGUAUUUGGCAAGUGGAGGCCUAAAUAACACUGUUAAUAUUUGGGAUUUAAAGUCAAAACGACUUCAUCGGUCUCUUAAGGAUCAUAAACGUGAAGUGACUUGUGUGGCAUACAAUUGGAAUGAUUGUUACAUUGCUUCUGGGUCGCUCAGUGGUGAGAUUAUCUUACACAGUGUAACCACUAAUACAUCCAGUUCACCGUUUGGCCAUGGGAGUAAGCAGCCUGUCCGGCACGUCAAGUACUCCUUGUUUAGGAAGUCUCUCUUGGGCAGCGUCUCGGAUAAUGGAGUAGUGACUCUCUGGGAUGUGAACAGUCAGAGUUCAUACCACAGCUUUGACAGCACACACAAAGCUCCGGCUUCAGGCAUCUGCUUCUCUCCUGUCAAUGAACUGCUGUUUGUAACCAUAGGCCUGGAUAAAAGAAUCAUCCUCUAUGACACCUCAAGUAAGAAGCUAGUGAAAACGUUAGUGGCUGACACUCCUCUGACUGCAGUAGAUUUUAUGCCGGAUGGAGCCACUUUGGCUAUUGGAUCCUCCCGUGGGAAAAUCUAUCAGUAUGACUUGAGGAUGCUGAAAUCUCCUGUGAAGACCAUCAGUGCCCAUAAGACAUCUGUGCAAUGUAUAGCAUUUCAGUACUCCACGUCUCUGACAAAGGCAAGUUUAAAUAAAGGCUGCUCAAAUAAGGCCGCAGCAGUGAACAAACGGAGUGUUCCUGUGAGCAGCAGUGGUGGAGCCGCCCAGAAUUCUGGAAUUGUCAGAGAAGCAUCCAGCCCUUCCAUUGCGACAGUUCUCCCACAGCCCGUGACGACAGCUCUGGGCAAAGGAGCAGGGGCAGCUCAGGAGGAAGCAGGUUUGGCUCGCAGCAAAAAUACAGAUAUUUUAUCUAAGGAAACAGAUCCUGGAAAAAGUCAAGAUUUCUCCAGCUUUGAUGAUACUGGGAAAAGUAGUUUAGGUGACAUGUUUUCACCAAUUAGAGAUGAUGCUGUAGUCAACAAAGGAGGUGAUGAAUCUGUAGGCAAAGGAGAUGGCCUUGACUUUCUACCACAGCUAAACUCAGUGUUCCCCCUGAGGAAGAAUGCAGGCACCUCCAGCACGCUGGUGCUGCACUCCAGCCCUCUUAAUAUCCUCAUGGGAUCUUCAGGGAAAGAAGAAAGCGAAAGCCAUGAGCUGUCAGCCGAGUCUAAGAGAGCAUACCUAGGAAAGCAGGAACCUAAGGACUCCUUGAAGCAGUUUACAAAGUUGAUCUCCUCUGGUGCUGAACCUGGAAUUGUAAAUACCUGUCCAUCGGCUAACCAAGCGAGAAAUCUUGAAAAAUUUGAAAAGCUAGAUAAAGAUAUCGAAGCCCAGUUGAUACAUGAACCCUCAGUCAACGGAUCCUCAACUCCAGUACCAAAGGCAGCGUCCUCCGUCACUGCUGGAGUAGCCAGUUCACUGUCAGAAAAAAUAGUCGACACCCUUGGGAACAGUCGGCCGAGUGCACCGCUCUCCUCUGUCCAGAUCCGCUUCAUACAGAACAUGAUCCAAGAAACCCUGGAUGACUUCAGGGAAGCUUGCCAUAGGGACAUUGUGAAUCUGCAAGUGGAAAUGAUUAAACAGUUUCAUAUGCAACUGAAUGAAAUGCACUCUUUAAUGGAAAGAUACUCAGUGAAUGAAGGCUUAGUGGCUGAGAUCGAAAGGCUGCGAGAAGAAAACAAAAGGCUGCGAGCCCAUUUCUGAAGACUCAGGACACCUUAAUUUGCCAUGAGUCAGGAGGUCUCUGGUAACUAAAACACACAGAAUCAGUGUUGUCCACAUGGCCUUGAAAAUGGAUAUUGCAGCGUGCACUAUUCCAUCUCUGUCAGACAUAUUUAUAUUUUUAUAUUAAAACUGCUCAGAAUACCAUCUUCCUAGUGGGGAGGUCAGCAGGAUCGUUAUUUUCUGAAUGCCUUAGCCAUACACUAAGUGCCCUUUUCCUAAAAGAAGAAAAUUUUCGUAAGAAUAGGUUUAUGUUUUGUAAAUGACUUUUUAAAACAGAUAUAUUUUUGAUGGACAAAUUGUAUUCCAAAUUUUUUUAGGUAUCCAACGUUUAAAACCUUGGUAUACCUUCUAUUUUAUGAAGAGAUAAUUUUAAAGUGGCAAUUGGAUUUUUUCACAGUUUAGUAAUUAUUUUGUUAACAUAAUGACAUCAAGUAUGCCUUAUUUAUUUAGUGUAUAUGUAAUACAUUUUGGAACUUUGCGUUGUACAGAUACAUGGUACUUUUGUUCUGGUUACCUAACUUUACAUAUGAAAAACUUUGAAGGGUUUGGAAGACUCAAGGGCUAUAGAUCUGCUGAUUGUCUAAUGAAUUAACGAUGUGCAAAAUCAUAAGAUUAUCAUCACCGUGACUCAACUUAGGAUCAGUGAAAUUUUCUUGUUAGACACUAAAUAUUACAAUAUUGUUGCCAUUUUUUUCUCACAAGUGAAAGGCAUAGAUUAUCUCUUCUGUGUUGUGUACCAUUAACUUUCUCUAAUUACAGUGUAUUGUAAACAGCACUUUCUAUCGUUAGCCUUAUGAUAAUAUUAUUUAUAAAGGUUCAUCAUGUAAAGAAUUUACACGUUGUCAGCACUGGCCGUGUUCAUCUGCUUGCUGUGAUCCACACUUUGAGAGGGUUGGAUUAGGGGGCUACUCACCCGUUUAUAUUCUUGUUGCCUCUUGCCCAAAGAUUUCAACUGUAUAUUUUAUAUAUAGAUCUGUUACCCACUUUUACUUUCCAGGAUCAAGAUGUUUACUAAAAUGUAGCUUAGAUUACUCACUUUAUGUGUUUUUAAAGAGAUGGAAGCUGUGUGUAUUUAAUAAAUAUAAAGCUAUGAAUAAUUAUCUCCAAAAGUGGAACAGGAGUAGGACUUUUCCCAAGUGACUCAGAAAGUCUCUGUGUAUUAGGUUUCUGUGGUCUUUUCUUGGCAGAUGUGGCUGCAUUAUGACUUGUAACAAGUCCCCUUAUAUGUCACUCAAACAAUGUUAGCAUGCAGAAGUCCUUUGUCUAUAUACUACAUUUUAAUCUAUUAAUAUUUUCCUACUUACUUUUUCUAUAGGUGUAUAUAUUGUGUUUAAAAAGGGGUCUGAUAGAACAUGUAUAUCGGUGAAACAUUUGUCAUGGAUUUAAGCACUUAGUACAAUAAAUUUUUGUAUUCAAAAUGUAGAUAGUCUGAGCUUGAACCUUUCACCUCUAGCUGAAAUGGAGUAAGAAGGGGACUUAACCUUCCCUCUGGGAAUUUGAAAACAAAAGAUAAGAUUGUUACUAAUGCACAGCCACAAAAUAGUACCCUCUCCCUCUCCCCUUCACCCUUUCCUUCCCUCUCCUCCCCCUGU